GACUCCUAAGCCAGUAUGCAAAUUGCCAACCACCCCGGGUAAAGAAUAGCAGAUUCAAAGUCAGCUUCUGCUGCGUUUUCUGCUCUCUUUCUGCCGCGUCUGGUUCCUGCGCUGAUCUGCUCAGCCCUGGCCCUUGCCGCCCAUCCCAUUUUCUCUUAACUCGGCGCCUCGCCUAGAAAGAGAGGUCGGCCCACGGGAUACACACAAGAAACAUCCACGUGUAUAAGUCCUCACAUGCUUAAUAUGAAUAACUGGCACGGGGAUCGCAGGCCUCAUCCAUCCCUUUAUAGCUGCGCAGGCCUCGACGGCUCGCUCCUGUGGCUUCCUAACCUACUGUCGCUUCAUCCAGAACAUCCUUAGUUGAUACCAUGGCCCGCCUCGCUUCUAUGGCCGACCUCGUCCUCCGCAACCUCACAGCCACCCCCCUAGAGCUCACGCUCGUGGAGCGGUUCGAAGAAGAAGAAGAAGAGCCAUCGUCCUGCUGUCCGAUUCUCAAUUGCAACAUCACGAGCAGGAUCGGAGGUCUCUUCAAUUCGAGCUCAUCGACUGUCAAUCUGCGCGUCCAGGAUGACGCGAAGGAUCCCGACGCGAAGGACCGUCGCGAGGUUUCCUUCGCCGUCGCGCCCUUCGAGACCCGCGCGACCGACGUUCGCGCCGCUGUCCCUGGCCAGGAAACCGUCCGCCUGACUUUCGAGUCGGGCGGGCACCGGUACCAGGUGGACGUCACGGGCGCCUCGCAGCGCAGCACCGUCAUGACGAAGCUCGACGGCGGCCCCAACGAGUACACGGCCAUCUACGUGGCAGCCGGCAGCUGUCUCACCGUGCUCAGCUCGGCCAACCUCUCGGCCUGGAUGCGCGAGCUGCACGACGAGUAUCCGCUGUCGGCCCUGUCCAUCCCCGGCACGCACAACAGCCCGACCUACCACGUCGCGCUGCCGUCCGUCCGGUGCCAGGCGGUCAACGUGCGCGAGCAGCUGGAGAACGGCGUGCGGUUCUUCGACAUCCGCGUGUCCGUCUCGCCGGGCUCGCCGGACAUGCCUCUAGUGCACAGCGCCUUCCCGGUCUCGCUCACGGGCACCAGGUACUUCAAGGACAUGCUCGACGUCAUCUACAGCUUCCUCGAGGCCAACCCGUCGGAGGCGCUCGUGAUGAGCGUCAAGCGCGAGGGCACGGGCCGCGGCACCGACCAGGACCUGUCCAAGAUCCUCAAGGACCACUUCUACGAGGGCGCGCGGUGGUACACGGAGCCGCGGAUCCCCAAGGUCGGCGAGGUGCGGGGCAAGAUCGUGCUGCUCCGGCGGCACGUCAACGACCCGAGCCUGGACGGGGAGUGGGGCGGGCGCGGCUGGGGGCUCGACGGCAGCGUGUGGCCGGACAACUGCGCGGACGCGAUGCUGGGGAGCGGGAUCGCGCGGCUGCAGGACUUCUACGAGGUCGAGCACCCGCGCAACAUCCCGGACAAGAUCGAGCUGGCGCGCAGCCACCUGGAGCGGGCGGCGGAGCCGGUGUGCCCGCUGCCCGGGUCCGAGGGCUACCGGCCCGACGCGCCGCCGCCGCCGUUCUUCUUCAACUUCCUCAGCGCGAGCAACUUCUUCAACGCCAACUGCUGGCCCGAGAAGAUCGCCGCCCAGGCGAACCCGGCCAUCGUCGAGUACCUGUGCCUGCGCCACGGCGAGCACGGCAAGGGCCCGGCGGGCCUGCAGGUCGGAGACGCGAGCACCGGCGUCGUGAUCACGGACUGGGUCGGGCUGGACGGCGACUGGGACGUCAUCAAGUGCAUCGUCGGCUGGAAUGCGAGGUUGCAGUUGAAGCAAUAACGCAUCCAUCGGGUUUUCUUGGUUUUUCUAUUUUCAUUCUCGUUCUCCUUUCUCUAUCUACUUUCCAACAUCGCAUUACUUGGGUAUGUUUCUGGCUUGUACGAAUAGCAACUUUGUUCGAAUCUAGAGGUGCGAGGGUAACAUUGGUAGCAUCACCGAGGCGUAAAGAUCUACAGGAUAGAUGGGCGUAUGGCUAAUAGGGUUGGGAUGGCCCCAUAACUACCUAGUGACACAUUGGUAUCCUUUCAGUGCCGAUUCGAUGGAGUUGGGCGACGCAGAGGAGGCGACCUCUUAUAUACAAAUUCAUAUACCUAGCUACAGCUAAGUGAGCAGCGAGGAUGUUAGGUAGCGUUACAGGAGGCAUGAUGUAGCAAUAUUGCCUAAUAUAGGUAGUAGGCUAUUCACAUGGGUGUAUUCUCAAUGAGGUCAUCGCCGUCGCCUGCCUUUCCGCGACGGUCCCCUACCAGCCAGGUACCUACCCGUUGGAUCCUCGGGAGCUUCAUAUCUUUACCUCCUUGCAGCGCGUACCUCGGCAUCUAAUUUUAU